UGGUAAAAAGCCACAGAAUGGACAGUUAUUUUAAAGCUUGUAAAGCCUAUUAAUAAAGAGCUUUUCCAUACAAUCUCUCAGCCUUUCAUACAUAUAUUGUCUCUAGAACUUACGGAUAAAGCUGCACCCAUAAAUAAGACCUGUUCUGGUUUCCUACUCAUAUUAGUGUUAAGAUUAGAAUAAUAAUUUCUUUAUAAUAUAACCCAUUAUAGAUUUGCUACAAUUGCACAUCUCCAAUUUAAUAAAUCAAUUGCUUUAUAUUCACUAUAGCCAUUAACAAAAAACUGCCAAUAAAAAAACGCGCAUUCUGAUUGACAAUCAAAGAGACCAAUGACGACGAGUCAUGUAACACGGUGAACCAAUGAGAGGGAAGCUGACGAUUCAGUGGGAUGAGUUUUGUUCUACGAUGGCCGCCGCCAGCAGCAGCAAUCAUUACAGGGAACCCAAAUCACAAUUCAGUUUAAUCUCCAGAGGGAAGAUAAUGCCUUUAAUAUCACACUGGACCUUCGCUUUUCUUAUUCUUACUGCGAGCCGGUGUUUUGCCGACGAUGAUCACGAAAUGGAGGAGUUUCUGAAGCGGGAGUAUUCCCUCUCCAAGCCAUACCAAGGUGUGGGAUCCUCAGGCUCCUCCCACUGGGAGCUGAUGGGGGAUGCCAUGGUAACCACCGAACAGGUUCGCCUCACACCUGACAUGCAAAGCAGGCAGGGGGCAGUAUGGAGCCGUAUUCCUUGCCAUCUGAAGGACUGGGAGAUGCAGGUGCACUUUAAGAUUCAUGGUCAAGGAAAAAAGAACCUGAACGGUGAUGGGCUGGCCAUUUGGUACACUAAGGAACGAAUGCAGAAAGGUCCUGUAUUUGGAAAUAUGGACAACUUCACUGGCUUGGGUGUGUUUGUGGACACGUAUCCCAACGAGGAGAAACACUUAGAGGCGCAGAAGAAGAGAUACACUCCUCGCACACAGAGGAUCUUCCCCUUCGUCCUGGCCAUGGUGGGGAACGGCACCAUCAGCUACGACCACGAGCGGGACGGUCGUCCCACGGAGCUGGGCGGCUGCAACGCCAUGGUGCGCAACCUCAAACACGACACCUUCCUCUUCAUACGAUACGUCCGCCGCAGGCUCACGGUAAUGAUAGAUAUCGACGGGCAGCACGAGUGGAGGGACUGUCUGGACAUACCCGGGGUGCGUCUGCCCCAGGGGUAUUAUUUUGGAGCUUCAGCCAUCACUGGAGAUCUCUCAGAUAAUCAUGAUAUUAUUUCCUUGAAACUCUACCAACUGACGGUGUUUCGCAGUCAAAAGGAAGAGGAAGAGGAGGAGGAAGAGAUUACCAUACCCAGUGUAGAUAACAUGGACCUACUCAGAUUGGGCGAGAGUGACGAGGGGAUGAGCGGGAUAGCCAUUUUCUUCACCGUGCUCUUCUCCAUGCUGGGCUGCAUCUUCCUCAUCGUCAUCGGCCUGGUGGUGUACAGCCACUGGAACGAGAGCCGGCGCAAGCGCUUCUACUGAGGAAGGGGGGUGAAAGGAUAAAGAGGGAAGAUGAGCGACUGUGAUAAAUACUGCGGUCCACGGACCCAACUGCACAAAGAUGCUGAGAUGCUGCCGUCUGUCGGUCAGCAGAGGGCGGCAUCUCAAUUUAUCCUGAAUGAGAGAUGGAGUAGAUGUUUCACCCGCAACAAAAAAAAGCCAUUCUCCAACUUUGCCAUCAAUAGACCUGAAGCAGUAGGAGGACUUUACACUUGGUCCUCAGCCCCUGCCUGACUCGCACCAACUCGGCCUUACCAUCUCCACCUCUGUAUGCAGCAGAUGUGCAGUACAGUACAUGACAUGACUUCUUGUGAGCAGCUAUGUUUUAUUUUUUGUUACUUUUGACAACUAUGAAAAGAAAAACCAAUCAUUUCUAGUUCACUGAUGUUGAUUUUAAUGGCUUUGAGAGAUAUAAAUAUGAAUAUAUGAUGUGCUCAAGAUUUGUUAACUAUCUGCAGUAUGACUUGAAGUGCUAACCAAAUAACACAAAAAACCACUGACGUCAUCUUUAUCGUAGCUCCUUGCUAAAUAGAGAUGCAGCUCUUCUCUUCUUUGCAGUAGAAAGGCUCUGUGUACACUAUAUAUUAUACUGUAUACUGUUCUCCUGUAGUUGCUGUAGUAUGCAUGACAUUUGAUGAGAUAUUUUUUAUUGUAGUCUUGGCUACCACUGUUUUUUGUUAAAUUAUGCUUGACCUUUUUAUGCGUGUUUGUGUACAGCGUAUGGGAAGUUGACCUCUGCCUCUUCGGUGCAUGCACUGAUGGCAAAGAUUUGGGUGUUUCAGGGAACUGAUAUUUAAUUUCUUUUAAAUGGUGUCAAUGUUGAUUUUCACAAAGUGUUUAUUUAUAUUUUAGCAGCCGUUGUCUCCCCAGAUUUAAUAUAUGUGUUUUAGAAAACAGGUCAAAUUUCUUGAUCAGCUUACAGCAAAUACUUCUAAAUAUAUUUAAAAUAAGAUGCUUUUAGAUUGUAGGGAGUCGACCUUUGCACUGGAGGGAGGGUUGGAGGUGGUUAAACAGACUUUUAAUGACUACUCAUUUAUCACAACAGUCUAUUUUCCCUGUAACAGACACUUAUCUUCUGCACAUUGAAUACCAGAGUGACUUUUUGUGUGUUUCUUGUGUUAGAUGUAAAAAAAAAAAAAACACCACUGAUUUUCUGUUUUCAAGUGUGUUAGACAGUGUAUGUUCUCUUUGCAGUGAACUCCAGCAACAGACUGGUUUGGCUGCCUCAUAUGAGAUGUUGUUGGCCAGCUGUUGUUGACUCUUCCCCUACAUGUUAUGGAAAUGACUCCAAGCCUCAUGUUGACAUCAUAUAUUUUUUAUGUGGUGCUUUGUUUUUGAUUGUGCAAUGUACAAGGACUUCCUCUUUUCCAGUUACCACUUUGACAGCCGCCCUACCUUAUUUAUAUUCUGUUUGUUGUUUUGUAUGAGAACUGUGUGCCUCAUCCAUCCAUCCAGUGACCCACAAAUGACAUUUUAUCACCAUUUCAUCUUGUUUCUUUGUCCAGAACUAUUUGUAUUGCCUCAUUAAAUACCAAAUAGACCUACCCUAACAAAGUUUAUGACUUGUGGCAGUAACAUACAGAUAGUACUUGAAGUGACUGUAGUUGUUCUACAUCUAUAAGUGAAAUCCUCAUGUUUCUAGCUUGAGCACAGAGAAAAAGUAAAUAUAUUCUAACAAAGUGCACUACAGAAACCUCACGAUCAGACGUUUCUGACUGUCAGUGUGUUGGGGCAACAUUAGGUUGUUUGUUAUCCUAAUUUUUGAAUGACAUAACAUACUGUUGAAAAUUUAGACAAACUGCCCGAGGUGCCUCUCACACAGCCAUGUGACAGUCCUCCAGAUCACAUGCCUAGGUGGGGCACCAUUGACCCUCUGAAGUGCUCAAGGUCCAUCUCUCUUUGAGCACUCGAGGAAGUUUUACAAAGGUUUAAGACAACAUACCAGGAUGCUGCAAAUGGCUACCCAUGGUUAAAUGGAUGAAUUCAGAGGAUUUUAAGUCAAAAUAUGGCAGGAGCCGGUCAGUUGAGUGCCACUGUUUGUUUUAUUAAAAAAAUAAAAUACAAAUGAUGACCCAAAGAGUACACAGCAGACUUUUUACUAAAACCAAAGCAUUUUUUAAAUCUGUAAUUCAGUGCCUUAAAGUUUUUUUUCUUUUUCCACUUUACUCAUUUUGGCUUGUUUAUAGUUAUUAGGAAAACAAUGUAGAAAGAGUCUGGUGUGUGUUUGUAGAUGCCUGCUUCCUUCUCAAACUAGGGUGUUUCUCAUUUUGGCAAAAAAAAAAGUCCACAUAGCUCAACCACGGCACCUCCAUCUGUUUGGUAUUAUGUAUGGUUGAGACAAAAGUACAGUUUCCUGGUUUCCUGACAGAAACAAUCACAUUGUGAUAAUAGGGAUAUUUUUUUCUUUCACAAGUUCAAAGUCAUUCCUCGAGCCUAAAUAUGCUGGUCUAAAUGUAAGCUGACUGUGUUCCAUGUUGAGGUCUGUCAUAUGCAUAAUAUAUAAAAAUUUAGAAAUCGAUGGUGUCAUAAUAACUGUGGAUUAAAAGGCAACAGUUAAGUACUCAGUCAGUGAAAAAUUCAUGAAGAUGGAAAAAGAGGAAAAGUUGUUUUAACUGAGAAAACUCGACACACUGAAUUAGUGCAACAACAAAAAAAAAUCUACAAAGGGAUGAUAAAGUUACAAAGACCAAAGAUACCAAAAGAAUUCAUCCAACAAAAACAAUAUAUUCAACUUUUUCCAUCGGCUUAUACAACUUAAUAAUGUGGUUUAAUCCAUAAAUCAGAAGAAGAAAGUGUGAGUGGUUGAGGAGCCAAACGGGAUAAAGCCGAAAAGAGGGAAAAGAACAUAUAAACUAGAAUGGCUUUUUAACUCAAAGCCCCUCAGCUUACACUGAAGCAUACAUACUCACAUCAUCAUUGAAGUAGCAUUACAAGUACAUUUUUUUACAAGUUUUUUUUUACAUGUACACAGACCAACCAAGGUAAAUUACAGUACAGUGCUGAGAGUUAUAUUGCUUGUACUGGUGCCCACAUUUAAAUGAAAGAGAAAAUGAGAAAGGGGUCGCAGCAUGUAA